AUGGACAGAGGAGGCUGCAGUAUGGACAGAGGAGGCUGCAGUAUGGACAGAGGAGGCUGCAGUAUGGACAGAGAAGGCUGCAGUAUGGACAGAGGAGGCUGCAGUAUGGACAGAGGAGGCUGCAGUAUGGACAGAGGAGGCUGCAGUAUGGACAGAGGAGGCUGCAGUGAGGCUGCAGUAUGGACAGAGGAGGCUGCAGUAUGGACAGGAGGCUGCAGUAUGGACAGAGGAGGCUGCAGUAUGGACAAAGGAGGCUGCAGUAUGGAAAGAGGAGGUGCAGUAUGGACAGAGGAGGCUGCAGUAUGGACAGAGGAGGCUGCAGUAUGGACAGAGGAGGCUGCAGUAUUGACAGAGGAGGCUGCAGUAUGGACAGAGGAGGCUGCAGUAUGGACAGAGAAGGCUGUGGUUUAA